GCCGAUGCACCAAAGCACCUACUGUGUAGACAAAGGGAAUUAAAUAAAAGGUGGCCUAUGGCAAAGUGCUGCUCCAGAGGCCUACAGCGAAACAAGGCAACGUGAGCAGGAGUGCAGCGAGAAGUGCCAAUGCUGAAUCUGCAAAAAAGAACAGAAGUGCAGUCCUAGAUUCACAGAUAUGAAGAAGUCUGAUUUAAACUCUGUAGAAGAUGACACAGGCCAAGCAUCCCAGCUAAGUGAAGAUUAUUCAGACAAUGAAAAGAGGAGUGAAAAUAAGGAAGAAAAAAACUUCAGUGUUGCAUUUUAUGAGUUGUUUCGAUUUGCAACAGGAAAAGAUAUCUUGAUGAUGGUGGUGGGUGGAGUAUGUGCUCUCAUCCACGGGGCUGCAACCCCUCUCAUGCUCCUUGUCUAUGGCCUGAUGACCAACACCUUUGUGGCCUACGAAAUGGAGGUCCAACAACUGACAGAUCCCAAUAAGACCUGCAUCAACCAAACCAUCAGCUGGAUCAAUGGCUCUGUCUUUCAGCAGGCUGACAACAGCACACUGGCUUGUGGUGUGGACAUUGGGGCUGAAAUGACCAUGUUUGCCUAUUACUAUCUUGGCAUUGGGCUAGGAGUCUUAGUUGUUAGUUACUUUCAAAUCGCUCUUUGGGUGUCAGCUGCUGCAAGGCAGGUACAGAGGAUGAGGAAAACAUACUUUCGAAAGAUAAUGUGCAUGGAAAUUGGGUGGUUUGACUGCACCUCCGUUGGAGAGCUAAACACCAGAAUAUCAGAUGAUAUCGACAAGAUUAACAACGCCAUUGCAGACCAGGUGUCCAUUUUCAUUGAAAGGGUCUCAACCUUUGUCUUUGGCUUCAUGGUGGGUUUUAUUGGAGGAUGGAAGCUGACUCUGGUGGUCAUUGCAGUCAGCCCUCUAAUUGGGCUUGCUGCUGGGUUAAUGGCCAUGGCAGUGGCGAGACUCACAGGUCGAGAACUUAAGGCCUAUGCCAAGGCCGGGGCUGUGGCAGACGAAGUGCUCUCCUCUAUCAGAACUGUGGCAGCCUUUGGAGGCGAGGAUAAGGAGACUAAGAGGUAUGACAGAAACCUUGCCACAGCUCAGAGCUGGGGUAUCAAGAAGGGUGUGAUUGUUGGUGCGUUUCAAGGCUGCAUGUGGUGCAUCAUUUUUCUUUGCUAUGCUCUGGCUUUUUGGUACGGAGCAAAACUGGUCCUUGACACAAAAGAGCUGUCUCCUGGAACCCUCAUCCAGGUUUUCUUCGGGAUUCUCAUCGCAGCAAUGAACUUGGGACAGGCCUCACCCUGCCUGGAGGCUUUUGCUUCUGGUAGAGCUGCUGCUAAGAAUAUUUUUGACACCAUCGAUAGGGAGCCACAAAUCAACUGUUUCUCAGAGGAAGGGCACAAGUUAGAUAAAGUAAAAGGAGAUAUUGAAUUCCAUGGUGUCACAUUCCAUUACCCAUCCCGACCAGAGGUUAAGAUUUUAGAUGGAUUGAACAUGCUGAUUAAAUCAGGGGAAACCACUGCAUUUGUUGGACCCAGCGGUUCAGGCAAAAGUACUGUUGUGCAACUCAUACAGAGGUUUUAUGACCCAAAAGAAGGAAUGGUGACCCUGGAUGGGCAUGAUAUCCGCAGCCUGAACAUCCAGUGGCUUCGCUCCCUGAUUGGGAUUGUGGAGCAGGAGCCUGUAUUGUUCGCCACAACAAUUGGUGAGAACAUCUGCUUUGGGCGACCAGGAGUCUCUAUGGAAGAUGUUGUAAAGGCAGCCAAGGAGGCCAACGCCUACAACUUCAUCAUGGACUUGCCCCAGAAAUUUGACACCCUAGUUGGGGAGGGAGGUGGUCAGAUGAGUGGUGGGCAGAAACAGAGGAUUGCCAUUGCUCGAGCGCUGGUGAGGAACCCGAAGAUCCUGCUGUUGGACAUGGCCACUUCUGCCCUAGACAAUGAGAGUGAGGCAGUGGUGCAGGAGGCUCUUGACAAAGUUCGCUUUGGCAGAACAACCAUCAGCAUUGCCCACCGGUUGUCUACCAUUCGAAAUGCUGAUGUCAUCAUUGGCUUUGAGCAUGGAAAGGCUGUGGAAAGGGGCACACACAAUGAACUCCUGGACAAGAAGGGUAUUUACUUCACCCUGGUCACGCUGCAGAACCAGAGCAGUGAUGCAUCAAGUGAUGCACCCAGCGAUGAAGCAGGCCAGUCUCUUCAAAAUGAUGCCACUGAGGAGCCAUGUGUUGAGAGGACUAACAGUUUCAGCAGGAAAAGCUUUAAAUCUAAGCUAAGGUCUUCUCUCCGUUUGCGGUCAGAGUCAACAUUGUCCCUUAAAAACCGUCCUCAUGCUCUGACUGCAUCACUCAAAAUUGGACCAAACAACUUCAAUAUGACAGAAGAUGAAGCCGAAAAGGACUCAGGGGACAGUACAGAGGAGCAAGCAAAACCAGCACCAGUGUCCCGUAUUCUCAAGUAUAACAGGCCUGAAUGGCCCUACAUGCUUCUGGGAUCCCUGGGCGCAGCAAUAAAUGGGUCUGUCAGUCCCAUCUAUGCUGUUUUGUUCAGCAACAUUCUAGGGGCAUUUUCGACUGAAGAUCUGGACAUGCAGAGGAACCAGAUCAAUGGCAUAUGCAUAUUGUUCAUCAUUGUAGCCGUUUUGAGCUUCUUCUCACAGUUCUUACAGGGGUAUGCAUUUGGGAAGUCUGGGGAGCUGUUGACACGGAGGCUCAGAAAGCUGGGAUUCCAAGCCAUGCUGAAGCAAGAGAUUGGCUGGUUUGAUGACCCCAAAAACAGUCCUGGUACUCUGACCACAAGGCUGGCCACAGAUGCAUCCAUGAUUCAAGGGGCCACAGGAUCACAGAUUGGAAUGAUCGUUUCCUCCUUAACCAACAUAGGGGCCUCGCUCAUUAUAGCGUUCUACUUCAGCUGGAAGCUAAGCCUCCUGGUGGUUUGCUUUCUGCCACUCAUUGGACUGUCGGGGGCCUACCAGGCAAAAAUGCUAACAGGUUUUGCCAAUGAAGACAAGAAAGCCUUGGAGGAAGCUGGGCAGGUUUCCAGUGAAGCUCUUUCCAACAUCAGGACCAUUGCAGGGCUGGCGAAGGAGAGCGUCUUUGUGGAUUUAUAUGAGAAACAGCUGGAAACCCCUUAUCAGGCAGCCAAAAAGAAGGCUAUUGUUUACGGCAUCUCUUUUGGAUUUGCACAAUGUGUCAUUUUCAUGGCCUUUGCAGCUUCCUUUCGAUUUGGUGCUUAUCUUGUCACCUCUGAAGGACUGCAUUACAUGAUGGUUUUCAGAGUGAUUUCAGCCGUUGUGAUCAGCGGGACAGCACUGGGAAGGGCCUCGUCCUUCACCCCCAGUUACGCCAAGGCCAAAAUUGCAGCAGCCCAGCUUUUUAAGCUCCUUGACAGAGUCCCAAAAAUAAGCCUCAGCCUGACAGAGGGCAUAAAAUGGGACUCUUUCAAAGGAGAGGUGGAGUUCAUCAACUGCAAAUUCACGUACCCGACAAGACCUGAUAUCCAAGUGUUAAAUGGCCUUGUAGUGUCAGUGAAGCCAGGUGAAACCCUAGCCUUUGUGGGCAGCAGUGGCUGUGGUAAGAGCACUAGUGUCCAGAUGCUGGAGAGGUUCUAUGACCCCGACGAAGGCAGAGUGCUGAUAGAUGGGCACCCAUCUACGAAUGUCAAUGUGCCAUUCCUGAGGUCCAAGAUUGGCAUUGUCUCCCAAGAACCUAUCCUAUUUCAAUGCAGCAUUGCUGAAAACAUCCAGUAUGGAGACAACAGUCGAGAAGUUAGCAUGGAUGAAGUUAUUUCUGCGUCAAAGAAGGCUUUUCUGCAUGAUUUUGUCAUGUCAUUGCCAGAUAAAUACAAGACACAGGUUGGUGCCCAGGGCUCCCAGCUGUCCCGUGGACAGAAGCAGCGUAUUGCCAUCGCCAGGGCCAUUGUGAAAAACCCCAAGAUCCUUCUCCUGGAUGAGGCCACGUCGGCUUUGGACACUGAGAGUGAAAAGACAGUUCAGGCUGCACUGGAUGAGGCCAGACGGGGCCGCACCUGCAUUGUCAUUGCGCACCGAUUGUCCACUAUCCAAAAUGCUGACAUUAUAGCUGUCAUGUCCCAAGGGGUUGUUAUUGAAAAAGGAAGUCAUGAUGAGCUCAUGGCCAUGAAAUCUGCCUACUACAAACUGGUCACAACAGGAGCACCCAUUAGUUAGUCAGGAAUUUCUAGAACUGUAGUCAUUAAAGUGUCCUGCAUUUAUUAACACUGAGACACAUUGUGAAUUUCUAUAAUGCAGCAAUAUGGAAAAUAUUUAGAGUUUGUGACUGUGAAUAUCGGUCCAUUUUCAUUAACCAUUUGUCCUGGAGAGGGUGGCGGAGAUCCCAAGCCUAUCCCAGAAUAACUGGGUGCAAGGCUGGGAGGGUACGCACUGGAUGGGAUGCCAGUCCAUUGCAGAGCUGACUGUGAAUAGUGGAACCAAAAUGUUUUAAUUCUUGGCAGACUUGUAUAUUCUGAUUACAAAGGCAGAUGAGCUUUAGACAUUGUCUGAGCAAUGUACAUUGUCAAGAACUUUUGAUAAUGGAGGUCAUUCUUUAAAGAACAGGCAAAUGUCCUGAGAAGUGAUCAGAUUCAGAAACAACAGAUGCUGUGAAAAGCGAACAACUUAAAACAGGAUGGCUAAGGUGGUCUCAUUCACAAAGAGGUCAAAAAUCAAAAGCACAAAGGUCUUUGGUUCUGGCUCCAAUGGGGUAGAAUGAUCUCCCUCUCUCACUCAGCACUGCUAUCUCUCUCUCUAAAUUUAAGAAGCGUUUCAAAACUCACCUCUUUCAGAUUCACUUUUCCCUGAUCUCUUAAGUGCUCAGUAAACGUGUACAUGUAUGUUAUCUAUUUAUCUAUUAUCUGAAAUUUUGUAGGAAGGUGAUCAGGUGUCUAUUCUUUGUUUUAAGCACCUACUCGUAAGGUGAACAUCGGUGCAUAAAGUGGAAAGAAACAAACU